UCAGCACCGAGGACAGCGGCACUCCUUCACUCACCAUGGUUCUCAUCUGGACGCAGUUUGGUGUCAAGCACAAAAAUGUGAACGUGAAGUGCAAAGUGAGAGUGAUGCACAGAGGAGACAGCUCCGGAUCGUCCUCUUCCGCCGAAGGCAUCAAGGCUGAGCAGGACACGCCCUGCCUGGCCAUCAAACCCACGGGGAAGGACUUCUACAAAGUCUUGGGCGUGUCCCCCGAGUCCAACGAGGACGAGAUCAAGAAGGCCUACAGGAAGAUGGCCCUCAAGUUCCACCCGGACAAGAACAGCGACGCAGACGCCGAGGACAAGUUCAAGGAGAUCGCUGAGGCUUACGAGAUCCUGACCGACCCCAAGAAGAGGAGUAUCUACGACCAGUUUGGAGAAGAAGGUCUUAAAAAUGGCGUGUCGCUGGCGGGCCAAGGCAACGCUUUCCGCAACAGCUUCCCCAGCGAUCCCCACGCCACCUUCUCCUCCUCCUUCCACGGCUCCGACCACUUCGACAUCUUCUUCGGCAGCGACGCCGACAGCGAGGACGACCUCUUCAACCCCUUCAGGCGCUUCCCCUUCAGCCACGUGGGCGGCGGCUUCGCCGCGGGCCAGCGGCGGCUGCAGGGCGACGCCGUGCUGCACGAGCUGCCCGUGACCCUGGAGGAGGUCAUGCACGGCUGCACCAAGCACGUGAAGAUCACCCGUAGCCGCCUGACCGCGGACGGCCGCGGCGUCCGCUCCGAGGACAAGGUGCUGAACGUGGUGGUGAAGAAGGGCUGGAAGGCGGGGACCAGGAUCACCUUCCCCCGGGAGGGCGACGAGACGGCCAGCAGCGCGCCCGCCGACGUCACCUUCGUCCUCCGGGACCAGGAGCACGAGCAGUUCAGGAGGGACGGCGUCAACAUCGUCUACACCGCCAAGAUCACCCUGAAGGAGGCUCUCUGUGGUUGCACUGUCAACGUCCCCACGCUGGACAACCGCAUGAUGCCCCUGCCCUGCAGCGACGUGAUCAAGCCCGGCGCCGUCCGGCGGCUGCGGGGCGAAGGCCUGCCCCACCCCAAGAGCCCGUCGCAGCGGGGCGACCUGGUGGUGGAGUUCCAGGUGCUCUUCCCAGACCGGAUCCCGCCUCAGUCCCGAGAGAUCAUCAAGCACAGCCUGGCCCAGUGCUAGCCCCGCCCCCGCCCGGCACGCCAGACCCACCCACACAGCUCAAGGUGCUAAACCCACAGCCU